AUGUGAUAAAUCAUGUGACUGAAAUAGUCUUUCAGGCAUUAUUUUACUACCUUUAUUUAUUGAUAUGAGCUUCAUUAAAAUCGUGCUUUCUUAUUAAUUAUAUCGUCUUUUCAAAUAUUUAACAUUCUUUUUAUUAUCAUAAAAAGCGUUCAAUCCACUAAAUCUUUGUUAAUAGGUCAAUUUUAAUAAACUAACCGAUUCGAUUCAAAUCUUAUUGAACAAAGCCUAGGCCAAUUCCACGUGUGUGCCAGUGCGGUGUGAGCUCAAGAAUACCCUUAAUAAUCGCUAAAAAACAACAUUGAAUAAAUUACUUUACUACAGCCAGGAGGAUGCACCGGAUAGUAAAACCUAAGAAUCAACGAGUCAAAAGGGCUCUUGAAAAGAGAGACCCAAAGCUGGUUGAAAACACCAAGACCUCGUUGAUGAUUCGAGGUGGGCAUACAAGUGAGAGGAUAACAGCAUUGCUUACAGAGUUACACAUGCUCAGGAAACCAAACAGUCAGAUGUUAAAGAGAAAGAACAUCAUGCGUCCAUUUGAAGAUCAGACUUCUUUGGAGUUCAUGGCACAGAAGAACGAUGCCUCAUUGUUCGCUUUUGGUUCUCAUUCCAAGAAAAGACCCCAUAACCUGGUCUUUGGUCGAAUGUUUGAGUAUCAUAUGCUGGAUAUGAUAGAACUCGGUGUUGAGAACUUCAAAUCUAUGCAUUCAUUUAAGACAUCAAAGUGUACAUCUGGGACUAAGCCUUGUCUGAUGUUUACUGGAGAGCUGUUUGAUAAUGAUCAUAUACACCAGAAGCUUAAGAACUUACUCAUAGAUUUUUUCCGUGGUCCAGUAGUAGAUGCUGUCAGAUUGGGUGGAAUGGAAUGUGUGCUCAGUUUUACAGCUAUUGAUGGGAAGAUCCUCAUGAGGAGUUACAAAGUCUUGUUGAAGAAAUCGGGGAGCCGAACUCCUCGUGUAGAGCUGACAGAGAUAGGCCCAUCUUUAGACUUGGUCCUAAGAAGAAAUAGACUAGCUUCACAAGAUCUAGUCAAGAGAGCAUGCAAGAAACCCAAGGCCCUCAAGCCAAAGAAGAAGAAAAACAUCAGCCAUGACGUUUUCAAGACCAUGCACGGCAGAGUUCACAUGGAGAAACAAGACUUGGCCAAGUUACAGAUCAGAAAGGUCAAAGCCCUUAAGAGGACAAAGGAACAAACAGAAGACAACCAGAGUGAUGUAAAGAAGAAAAGGAAGGAAUGAUCAAUUCGAGUGAACACACUAGAACUUGAUGACAUGCAUGGCAAACAUGGAUAUUAUAUUUGCCUGAACUUUAAAGUCAGUCUAUUUUGACUUUUCAUAUGGAUUAGAUCAUUCACUGACACCGGUCUCUGUGAAAAGCAAUGGGAUAUUCUGAUGUAUAGCUGCAUCUUCGGGGAUCAGCCAAGUUGAGACUGUCCCAUCAAACAGAAUCAAGUGCAUUCCUAUAAUAGCUUGAUUCUGGUAUUGCCAGACCAGAGAUAGUGAGGUAUGAAAUGAAUAUAGAAUGAGGCGUGGAAAAGAAAGCAAUUAAGAUGACACAACAAAUGCUCCUGCGACAAUUGCUCCGGGCUUAAUUUCGUCUACGAUGUAAGGUUAGGGUUGCAGUAGGGUUUUAUGUUAGGUUAAGGGUACGGUAUAGUGUUAAACCCAUGGUUGAAGUCAUUUGAUUAUCGUGUGGAAUUUAGAGCUGAGCAAUUGUCACCAGAGAAAAUGUCAUGGAACCAGCAAUUAGAAAGUAUCUAUUAAUCAUACAACUUGAUUCAACUGUCACCUGUUACUGGGUCGUGCAGGUGUAAAAUUGUCAAAAUGAAAGUUUUGGAAUGUUAUUUUGACAUGAUAAUGGUACUCUGAUAGCCAUGGUUGAGUUUAACCUGGGUUAACUGAGACCAUACUUUUAUGGAGUGCCAUUAGUCAAUACAUUCAUCAAUUAAAAUGUACUAUCCUGUUGCAAAAAAAGUUGUACAAAAAAUAAUAAUUCAGUUGUGAAAUGGGUUGAAUAGAAAAAUGUGAUGAACUUUAAUGAAUCCAUUGGUACAUUAUAAUUGCCAUAAAUAUCAAACAAAUAUCAUGAAGCCCAGCAUUCUAUAGAAGUGUGGAUUAAAAUUAUAGGUUAGAAUAGGAUUAAAACUAGUUUUAAAAUCAGAAUACUACACUGGCCCGAAUUCACAAAGGUGGUUUUGAAAACCCACGGUUGAGUCCAUGGUUUAUGCAGAUUUCCUGUAUAAAUUACGCUUAAUUUAGCGUGUAUCGGGCGUGUGUAUAAAAAAUGUCCAAUUCUGAUGCGCGCCAUGUGAUCUCCCAAAGUACCUCAGCUUAGAUAGGGUUUUAAGAAAUCAAUAACCAGUUUAAUAUGUGAAUUUCAUUGUAAUGUUGAAAUUAUCAGUCUGUGUUUUAUUAAACUUGAAUACUAAGGUAAUAUGUAUCAGAAAUUAGAUUAGUAUAAUUUUUACGUAAGGUCAAAAGUCGUUUUAGAUCAAUCAAUUUUCAUUAGAAUUUAUAUUUUUUAUAGAUUUUUUUAUCAUUAUUGAAUGAAUUUUGUAUAAGAUGGUUAUUUGAUUAUUGUCAAAUAAAUGAUUUUAGUUUUUACUCUAAUUUUGAAAAAUUAUUCAAUAAUUUGCUUUCAUUUUCCAUGAAAGGAAAAUAAAGUUUCCAAGCGGAUGCGAGUAACAUUGCCCCUUCAUAUCUUAGGAUUAUUGCAUUGUAAUAUGUAAAGAAUAAGAUAAAACAUUAUUAGGCAGAAAAGCAUCUAUAAAGAUACCACAUAGUUACAUAUUAUGAAGCAGAAGUAAUUUAUAAAGCAGUAAAGAGAUAUAUGUACAUGUACAAUGUAAAUAUAAAAAUAACAAAUCUCCACUUUUUGUAUGUGUAUUAUUGGGAGUUUACCUCUUUUCUUUGAAAUGAAAUGUUAUUUGUCUUUUAUAAAACCUUCCAACAAACUCUAAA